AAUGCACCUAUGCUUGUGAAAAAAGUAUCUUGUUAAAUUUACAAUGAGAUACACUUCCUUAUGAUAGAGUCCAUAAUACUGUAAAUAGUAUUGAUCAACAUGAAACCAGAAAACUGAAUGAAAAUAGAGCGUUGUACUAGAAUAAAGUGUUUUAUGUCUCCUGUUACACUCACGACCUGUUGCCUAAUCAAAAGAAGGAAGUUUUAAUUGAUUAAACUCGUCUUUUGUUAAAAGCAGAUGUAACGAUUUCAGUAAAGGACCCCUGCAGAGAAGGACUGCCUACCAUGGUCGAGUCCCGGAGCGCAGCUGGACCGUCAAAGUAUCGGCUGGGGAACAUCAAUUUUAAGAGCGUGCAACACUCAAUGUUGGUGGCAUUUCAACCAGUGGUUUUAAUAGAAAAAUAGUACCAGUCAUGUUCUUUAACGUACCCGUACGUCGUCAUGCAAUCCGCAACGGUGCAUAACAUUUUAUUUUUCAUAUGUUAUCAACAAUUAGGCUGUAUCGGAAUGGUUCGGCGGUCAUCGGAUAAGCGUAAUAGAUGCGUGUGUACAAGGCUGCACUGAUAUUUAGGGGGGAGAGGGUGCUUCCACUAAACAGAAGAGUUACCUACGACCCUCGUGUGUAGUAAUCCAAUAUAUUUUUUUCUUUUUUGUUGAUAAGUGGCAAACCAGAAUUUGUAAGCACGUCUCACUAAACGUUCAGUGCAUGAUGUCUGCAAUUUUAAAGGGAUAAGCCUUUACUUCUACUUGGCAUAUCACGACAUUUAGGUGCAGUAAGUACUGUAUAAGUGGUACGACUGUCCAUCCCAAAAAACUUUUCCGAGCAUGGAGACCACGGACAGGACAGCGGAGACGCCGGACCCGCUGGAUUUCAGCGUGGAGAACGUGGAGAAGGCUCUCCAUCAGCUGUACUAUGACCCGGACAUUGACAACAAGAAUGUGGCGCAGAAGUGGCUCAUGAAGGCCCAGGUGUCUCCACAAGCCUGGCAGUUCUGUUGGGCUCUGCUCAGCUCAGAAAAGGUCCCAGAGAUCCAGCACUUUGGGGCCAGUGCCCUCCACACCAAGAUCUCCUGUUACUGGGCCGACAUCCCAGCCGAGCAGUAUGAGAGUCUCAAAACGCAGCUAUACUGCCACAUCGCCCGCUUUGCUUCUGGUUCCAAGAUGGUCCUCACACGCCUGUGUGUGGCCCUGGCCUCCCUCGCCCUCAACCUCAUGCCUGAGACAUGGCCUGCUGCCGUGUCGGCGGUGGUGCGCGCGUUCCAGCAGGAUGCAGGGGAGACGGCCGGCCCGGCACUGCUGGAGAUCCUCACCGUGCUCCCGGAGGAGCUCCAGACCAGCCGGCUGCCUCAGGCCCGUCGCGUCCGCGUGCGGGAAGCCCUGACUGGGGAGUGGGCCACCGUCUGUCCCCUGCUUCGCCGCGUCCUGCAGCAAGACGACUCACCCUGCCAGGCGAAGGCACGUGCACUCAAGUGCCUCUCCAGCUGGGUGACACUAGCGGUUCCGCUGAGCGAGACCCAGGGCCUUUUAGAGGACAGCUUCGCCAUGCUGGCCGACCCAGAGCUCUUUGACGCUGCCGUGGAGGCCAUCGUCAACACCAUCUCCCAGCCAGAUUCUCAGAGGUAUGUCAGUUCACUGCUGAAGCUGGUACCCCAGGUGCUGCAGUUGCAAGGUCAGCUGAGGGAGGCAGCAGAGAGUGGGGACAUGGAGACCUCCCAUGGAAUCUGCCGCAUCGCUGUGGCCCUUGCGGAGAACCACUCCAGGGUUCUUCUGGAUCAGGUAGAUAACUGGCAGGGGUUCCUGGCCCUGGUGAACAUGGUCAUGUUCUGCACUGGCAUUGCUGGGCACUACCCUGUGAAUGAGACCACCAGCUCCCUGACGCUAACCUUCUGGUACACCCUACAGGAUGACAUCAUGUCGUUUGAUGCUGAGAGGCAGGCUGCCUACAUGCAGAUCUACAGGCCUGUAUACUUCCAGCUGGUGGAUGUUCUGCUGCACAAGGCCCAGUUCCCCACAGAUGAGGAGUACGCCGCCUGGUCCCCUGAUGAAAAGGAGCAGUUCAGGAUCUACAGGGUGGACAUCUCUGACACGCUGAUGUACGUGUACGAGAUGCUGGGCACCCAGGUCCUUAGCAACCUGUAUGAUAAGCUGGGGAGGCUGCUGAUGGAGCCGGAGAGAACGGCACCCUGGCAGCAUACAGAAGCCCUGCUGUAUGGCUUCCAGUCCAUCGCUGAGACAACAGAUGUCAACUACUCAGACGUCAUCCCUGGGCUCAUCGGGCUCAUUCCCCGAAUCAGCAUCAGGAACGCGCAACUGGCCGAAACGGUCAUGUUCACCAUAGGUGCCCUGGCCGAGUGGCUGGCCGACCACCCCGUCAUGCUGGGUGCUGUACUCCCCAUGGUCCUUCAGGCCCUGGGGAACCCCGAGCUCUCGGUAUCCAGUGUCUCCACGCUGAAAAAAAUCUGUAGGGAGUGCAAACAAGACCUGCUGCCAUUUGCCGGUGACAUCAUCGCUGUGUCGCAGGAAGUGCUCAUCAAGCAAAUCCACAAGUCCAGCCAGUGCAUGUGGCUGAUGCAGGCACUGGGCUUCCUGCUGUCAGCCCUCCCAGUGGAGGAGAUCCUGGAGAACUUGCUGUCCCUCAUCACUCCCUACAUCCAGCAGCUGGAGAAGCUGGCAGAGGAGGUGCCUAACUCCUCUAGCAAGGUGGCCAUCAUCCACAAUCUCGGCAUUUUGUCCAGCCUUUUCACCACACUGGAUAUCAACAAACAGGAGGAGGCAACUCGGGAAGGCUCUCCCCCUGGUGAGGCAGUCCCUGCCCAGCUGGGUGUCAACCCUGUGGUGAUGGUGCUACAGCAGGUCUUCACCCUGAUCCAAACAGUGCUGAGCAAGUGGCUGAACGACCCUCAAGUGGUAGAAGCUGUGUGUGCCAUCUUUGAGAAGUGCAUGAAGACUCUCCUCAAUGACUUUGGUCCCAUAGUGUCCCAGUUGAGCAAGAUGUUGGGCCAGGUGUAUGGUACCGUCCCCCAAGCCUCUGUGCUUAAUCUUAUAAGCCUGAUGAUUCACAGUUUUGCCAAUGAGGAGGAACAUUACCCAGGGAUCAAAGCUGUUUUUGAACUGGUCACCUCUGUCACCCAUUCCAUCUUUCAGCAAGGUCCCAGGAAUCAUCCCGAUAUUGUUGAUUCAUUUAUGCAGCUCCAGGCUCAGGCGCUCAGGAGGAAGGCGGACCUUUUUCUAUCUGAAAAUGUUGAUGUAAAAGCUGUUUUCCGCUGUGGGGUGAUGUCUCUGGAGUUUCCAGAGGCUCCGACUGUGAAGUCUACGUGUCUGUUUUUUGUGGAGCUGCUUCCUCACUGUGGCGACACCCCACCAAUAGGCCAGGUGGUGCGGGAGGAUGGUGAACUGCUGCUGAAGGCUGUGCUCAAGGGCAUUGGAGGGCGGUCUCCACAUGGCCUGAUGGAGCAGUUCGGAGAGGUGCUAUUCUCCCUGAACAAGCACUGCACCGCCCUGCUGGAAGUGUGGCUGAAAGUGAACUUGCAGCUGCCAGACUUCCCAUCACCUCGUGUCUCAGCUGAACAGAAGAAGAGCUUCGCGGAGCAGAUACUCAGGGUGCAAUCAAACAAAUGGCAGCUGAAGGAGACAGUGAAGGAAUUUGGCCUUCUCUGUCGAGGUCUGCACGGCACCGAAUACGCCGCUGAAUACUGACUCCAGAGCUUUUCUGCACAUUUUGUACGAAAAUCUUAGGCAGUCUAAGAAAAUGAUGCAUAAAUGAUCUUCUAGUUAGUGUAAAACUGUGACAUUUUCUCUGUCAAAGUGUGUCAGCCAUAUCCAAAAACCUACGCAUCUAUUUUUUGACUGGACCACUAGCACACCUCAUAUCUCAUUGACUUUUUUUAACAAAUUAAGUUAAUUAAUUGAGUGAGCUGGUGGUGAAAUUUAACAAAUACAUGGAAUGGCUGGGGUGCCCCUGAGGAGAGGUUUGUGAACUGAAGCGGUGAUCAUCUAGCCAUCCAGCAAGGUGCCGGUGACUUUCUGGAGGACAGAAGAAAUUCCUGUCAGUUUUUAUUGUGUUACUCAUAUGUUCUAAUGUUAAAUUGUGUUUUUGUUCUCAGCACAUGUACACUUACUAUCCAGAUAAGUAGCUUUAAACAUUUCCUUUGACUGCCUAAGACUUUUGCACCGAGAGGGUCCCGCCAAAGUCCUCAUCCGCCGACCUGAGAGGCUGAAAGUUUCAGCCGCCCACAAGGUUUAUUUGGUAACUUCUGUAAUCUGCCAACUUGGACCUCCUGCCUCGGCCCUCAAUCCCAGCAGUGUGAUCUUUCUUUCCAGCAUCGAUCCUGGGUGGUCAGGAUACCUGAGUGAAAGGGCACUCCCCCCCCUCACCGCUAUUUGAUCACUUACUGUUCUGAGGUCCAUGCGUGUUUAAUAUCAAAAUCUGCAAAAUCUGUGUUAAAUCUGCAAUAUCAUAUAUUUUUUGCGUUUUCAAGAAUGUUCAUAUUUUUGUAUUGGAUUUUAAUUAUCUGAUAGACUCUUUUCGAUAUUUAAUCCUGUGCUCUAUACUUUUGUAUUGAGAAGCCUGAAGUGCCAGACAGGAACAUUCUGGAUGAAUGCUAUCUAUACAGUCCAUGCAGAUAAUACUUUGAUGAGAAAUUAGUAUUUCUAAACAGCAGUUUCUCUUUCAAAGUUGUGUUAAUGAGUCCAAUCUUUCAGUAGGAGCCACCUUUCCCUAAAUCAACUGUUAAAAGUUCAGUGACCCUCCCAAAUCAGACUAAAUCUAAAGGGUGCAUCUGAAAUCACAUACUUGUUUGCUACGUAGUAGGCGAAAUAUAGCAUUCAACAUGAGCAGUAUUUCUGUAUCCUCACAAGGAACAAGAUGGUAGGCUAGGUAUAUGGAUGACGUACUACAUUCUGUCCAAAUCUGACGUAUGCAACCAAUGGAUGCUACCCCAUCCCACAAGGCCACAGGAUUGGCACCCAGAGAUGAAAAAUGCCACUCAGAAAUUUUUGGCAAGAUGAUGGAGGAAGUGAUGUCGCUACACAAAUUUAGGUAGAAGCCAAUAUCCAGUUACAUAUGUAUUUUUUGCAUUGAUCGUUUUUUUUUUUUCUUUUAUGGGGGUCAAGCUACAUCAUUGGUAACCAUCCGGGUCAGGCAAUAUGCAAGAUGACCCCCACCGUGUGUGAGAGUGCAUGCAUAUUAUUCUCAUACAUACAGCACAUUAUGUAGUGUUGAAUAGUAGGCUUCUGAUGACAUUCAGUACCUAUGGAAGUAUGCAGUUUUGGACUCACCCUAACUUGUGACAUGUUUGUCUUGUUAGAGACAUGCCUGUUACCUAAAUAGUAUCAUUAAAUAAUAUUCAUUUAGGUUUGUCCUGCUUUUGGGUUUAGUACUAAAAACUUCAACCUGUAGCAAAAAAUUCUUAAAUAUGUAUUUGUUGUAUGAGCAGUAGUUUGGGCCAGAGAUCUUUUAUAAAACUGCACACACCAGUCCCUAUGAAGCACCUUCAGCAAACAUACCCCUUUGCCCUGGGCAGCUGAGGACCUGUCACAUGCGUGUGCAUUUAAGAUAAUGCUGAUAAAUUGUGGUUCUUUUUGACAGCUAA